AUGAUGGACGUUAAUAGCAGCGGCCGCCCGGACCUCUACGGGCACCUCCGCUCUUUCUUCCUGCCGGAGGUGGGGCGCGGGCUGCCCGACCUGAGCCCCGACGGCGCCGGCCCGGUCGCGGGCUCCUGGGCGCCGCACCUGCUGCACGGGGUCGUGGAGGUGACGGCUAGCCCCGGGCCCACCCGGGACGCGCCUCGGGACAAUACCUCCGGCUGUUGGGAGCAGAUCAACUACGGCCGAGCCGAGAAAGUUGUGAUCGGCUCCAUCCUGACGCUCAUCACGCUGCUGACGAUCGCCGGCAACUGCCUGGUGGUGAUUUCGGUGUGCUUCGUCAAAAAGCUCCGGCAGCCCUCCAACUACCUGAUCGUGUCCCUGGCGCUGGCCGACCUUUCGGUGGCCGUGGCGGUCAUGCCCUUCGUCAGCGUCACCGACCUUAUUGGGGGCGAGUGGAUCUUUGGCCAUUUCUUCUGUAACGUCUUUAUCGCCAUGGACGUCAUGUGCUGCACCGCCUCGAUCAUGACCCUGUGCGUGAUCAGCAUCGACAGGUACCUUGGUAUCACGAGGCCGCUGACUUACCCUGUGAGGCAGAACGGGAAGUGCAUGGCCAAGAUGAUCCUCUCCGUCUGGCUUCUGUCCGCCUCCAUCACUUUACCGCCGCUCUUUGGCUGGGCUCAGAACGUCAAUGACGGCAAGGUGUGCUUGAUCAGCCAGGACUUUGGCUACACGAUUUACUCCACCGCAGUGGCAUUUUAUAUCCCCAUGUCCGUCAUGCUUUUCAUGUACUACCAGAUUUACAAAGCCGCCAGGAAGAGCGCCGCCAAACACAAGUUCCCUGGCUUCCCCCGGCCAGAGGAGCCCGACAGCGUCAUCUCCCUCAAUGGCAUGGUGAAGCUCCAGAAGGAGGUAGAGGAGUGCGCAAACUUUUCGAGACUCCUCAGACACGAAAGGAAAAACAUCUCCAUCUUUAAGAGGGAGCAGAAAGCAGCCACCACCCUGGGCAUCAUCGUCGGGGCCUUCACCGUGUGCUGGCUGCCGUUUUUCCUGCUCUCGACCGCCAGGCCCUUCAUCUGCGGCAUCGCCUGCAGCUGCAUCCCGCUGUGGGUGGAGAGGACAUGUCUGUGGCUGGGCUAUGCAAACUCUCUCAUCAACCCCUUUAUAUAUGCCUUCUUCAACCGGGACCUGAGGACCACCUACCGCAGCCUGCUCCAGUGCCAGUACCGGAACAUCAACCGGAAACUCUCGGCCGCAGGCAUGCACGAGGCCCUGAAGCUCGCCGAGAGGCCGGAGAGGCCUGAGCUCGUGCCACAAAACUCUGACUACUGUAGAAAAAAAAGUCAUGAUUCAUGA